GCAAGAAGGAGGGCGUUUACUUCGGGGGCCCAACCCCUUCCAUAGAGUAGAGAUGCAGAAGCAACUCGGCUCCCAAAAUUAACUGGAAGACAGUUCCCUUUGAAUGGAGAGUGAGUUGCAGAGGACUACACCGGCAAUAUGAGAGCCCUGCGUUUGGUCCUGCUGAGUGCCUUCUUGCCCCUGCUCUGUCUGCCCAGCCCCAGCCAUGGAGCAUCCUACUUUGGGGACAGUUUCUGCAAGAUAACUUCGAUCCAAGAUGUCUCCUCCUUUCACCUGUCGCUGCAGUUCAAGACCAGCCGACGAAGUGGACUCCUCCUCCUGGCUGCAGGGAUGCAGGACUACCUAUUUCUGGAACUCCAAAAUGGGAAAUUACAGGUGCGAAUGAACCUUGGGGCCGGUGAGAUGGUGCUAUCAUCAUCUCUGGGGCUGCAACUGAACAACCUCCAGGAGCACAAGGUGUCUAUCACGAUGCAGGAGGCCAAACUGACCAUGCUGAUCGAUGAUCUCUUUUCCACUUUCAUCUCUGUGCCUGAAACCCAGGAGGACCUCAACAUUGACAUGGGGGUUUACAUGGGGGGAACCGGAGACUUAGACGCCCCAUAUCUCAGUAAUGCCAUACCUCCAUUCCGCGGCUGCAUGACCAAUGUCAAGUUGGAGUCCCAUCAGUUUGAUAUUCUCGACUCCGAGCCCAUUGACUGCCAUGAUACAAAGGAGUCCUGUAGCAGUGAGUUUGAGGUUGGUGAUGGAGAGGCGACCAGCUUUAUCAGCCCAGACUCAUUUGUGUCCUUCCCUACUUGGAGCGGGGCUGGUGGUAGUGAAAGGACCUUGGAGUUUCUCAUGAAGACCACCAUCGAGGAUGCCCUACUCACCUUCCACCCUGGACGAGAGUCAGACUUUAUAGCUGUUGGCGUUGUGGGCGGUUACCUAAAAGGUGUGGUGGACUUUGGGAGUGGGAUUGUGGUACUCGACAACCCCAGAGUACAGCUAGAUGAUGAUCAGUGGCAUAGGAUCAGAGUCACUGUAGAUGCGAGUGUGUUUGAGAUUAACGUGGACAGCCAGCCUGCCUCUCUCUCUCUAAGGGGCUCAGAGCAAUUGGAUCUAGUUGGCAAUCUGUAUAUGGGGGGGAUCCAGGGCAAGAUGAAGGAUGUGUUUCGUGAUAGUAGCUUGUCUCAUAUGGAGGAGGUAAUAACAUCUGAGUCUUUUAUCGGAUGCAUGGGAGAAAUCAAAGUGAACCAGAAGGAGAGAAGCCUGCAGGAUGCGUUGGUCACCAAAGACGUCCAUGUGAAAUGCGAAGGAGAGGACUAUGACUACUCAAGUUACUAUGAUUUUGAGGCAACCACAACUACGGCUCCUGUUCGGAUCCGAUAUGUCAGCGCUGACCCUAAUGAAAGACAUUGCUACCCAACUGACGACACACCAGAGGCCUUCCGGAACAUUACAAAACUUAUUGAAGUCAACCCUUUGCUUGUGCCCGAGGGUGGGGAAGCUUUUCUCGAUAUUAACAACCUUAGCCCUACACUUAACCUAAACACUGUGGGAAUCCGCCAAUCCCAGAUCAUUUUCACUCUACAAAAUGACCCUUGGUACGGACUCGUAGAUAUGAACAUCAAUACCAGACGUACCAAAAAGUUUACACUCCUGGACGUGGUCAACAAGAAAAUCAAGUAUCUCCACGACGGCAAUGAAAAGUAUGGCGAUCAGAUCCAGUUGGAGGUGUUUGCCCAUAGUAACAGUUACCUUCCAGAAUGUCUUAAAAAUCCCCACCAGUACAUUCUCCCAGUGGAGAUCAUACCUGUCAAUGACACACCACAACUAAGCGGAGGAAACAUUUCCAUCACAGAAAACGGUCGCACUCGCUUAAAUCCCAACCUUAUCAAGAUUGUGGAUUCGGACACUCGCUGUGAGGAAUUGAUUGUCACCGUGACCUCAGAACCUCCCAGAGGGGUUGGCUACUUAGAAAAUGCCCAGCAACCAGGAAGAAGUAUCAAAGAGUUCACAUGCAGGCAGUUGAAAGACGGCAAUAUAUAUUUUGUCCACCGAACUGGGAGCGGUGGGAUAACUCUACAGGUAUCUGACGGACAAUCCAUAAGUCAUUCGACCACUUUUAAACUGUCCAUUACAAAGCCCAAAAUGAGCCUUGUGACCAAUACUGGCCUUCUGUUGUCUCAGGGAAGCAACUCUUCCAUUGGGAUCCAGAACCUGGCCGUCAUUGCCACCCCUCGUAAUGGAGAUAUUGUGUUUAAUGUCACACAGGCUCUGAGAUAUGGUGAAUUGCAUGUUCUCACUCGCAAUGGUUUGCCCAAACAGGUGACAUCUUUUCACCAGUCAGAUUUGGAGCAAGAUCGCUUGAGAUAUGUUAGCACAGUUUCAAGUGACCUGGAGGACGUUGUGUCAGAUCAUUUUCAAUUUGAUGUCCAUCUUGGACAGUUUUCCCUAUGGAACAAUACUUUUUUGAUCAAGAUCACACCCUCCCAGGUUAAAAUGGCCCAAGUAGUUCCCCUUGAGAUUGAAGGCAAGGUAGAGCAAAAGGCAAUUAAACACACUGAUCUUGAAGCAGAAGUGAAGGGAAAAAGUGUAGCCCCAGAAACUAUAAGAUACAUCCUUCUGAAGGCCCCCACACUGGGUACUCUUCAAAUGAUUGGCAGGAAGCUAGUUGAGGGAGACAGUUUCACCCAACAGGACCUCUGGAAUGCCCAGGUCAGCUAUAGAGUCCAGGUGCAAAGGGCGGUGGCUAAUGAGGACCAGUUCCAGUUCAGAGUCUUUGCAGAGAAUCAGUACUCCCCUAUGUAUACCUACCCAAUCAAGAUCCAGGCUGAUUCAGACGCCCCUGUUUUGACUAAUGAGAGACUCAUUGUCUUGGAGGGUGGGGAGAAUAUUCUGAACAAAGACUAUCUAUGGGUUCAGACAUCCAUCUCGACAAACUUUGUUUACAGGGUGACGCAAGACCCCAAGUAUGGCCGUCUCAUCAGGGAGUCCCCAUCUGGACAGCCCAGGUUCGACGGGGCUAUUAGAAUGUUCAGCAAUGAGGAUCUGAAUCUAGAUAGGCUGAUUUACCAACAUGAUGGCUCAGAGUCUAGCGAUGAUGAGUUCUCUUUCCUGGUAUUCGAGCAAGCAGCAGGAAGUGAAAACAUCAGAAUCGAUGGUCAAGAGUCUAUGAGCAGCAUGUUUAGAAUAUCUAUUCAGUCCAAGAACGACCACGUGCCUCUUAGAGUGGUUGAUAAAACCUUCAACGUGGUGCGAAACGGACAACGUUUGCUGACCACAGAAGAUAUCCUCUUCAGGGACAAUGACUCAGGGUUCAAUGAUACCCAGUUGGUCUUUGUUCGCACAGGCAUUCUCUCAGGAAAUAUUGUCUCCCCAUCAGACCCCUCACAGCCCCUCUUUCGUUUCACUCAAGCAGACAUGAAAGACCAGAAUGUUCUAUUUGUGCACCAUGGAGCAGACCGUGAGCGCUUCCAGCUCCAGGUUUCUGAUGGCCUGCAUAAAACCACAGCCCUGCUGCAGAUCCAGGCUGGUGAGGCCUACCUCCGUGUGGUGAACAACACUAUGGUUGUUAUGGACCAUGGAAGCACAAAGACGCUCAACACCAGUCUGUUGAGUGCAGAGUCCAACAUGGACAUUAGAGACGCCAGUGACAUUAGGUACCAAGUGACAUCACCCCCUAGUGAUGGGAAGAUCAUCGUGAGUGGGAUUGAGGCCUCUUGGUUCACACAGGAGGAUCUGAAAAAGGGUGUGGUGUCCUACGAGCAUAACGACCAGAGUCUGAGCUCCAAGGACUCGUUUGGCUUCACUGUGGAAGCGAAAGGAUUUUCUGAGGAGGGUACAUUCAGAAUAAAGAUCUUCAAGCAAGGCUAUCUGUCUGAGCCUGUGGUCAUCACCAAUGAGGUCAUCAUCUCCUAUGAGGGAGAGCACACUGUGAUCAACCAAGAUCAUCUUAAGGUAGAACAAGCAGACAUCCUGCCCUCUGAGAUGGUGUUCACCAUCAAGGAGCCUCCUCGUCUGGGCCACGUGGUCAUGCUGACCAACCACUCGGACAGUACAGCUGCGCCCAGCCUCGACUACAUCCACUCCUUCACCCAGGAGGAUGUCAACAGGGGGCGCAUCCUCUAUGUCUCUGCCUCCAUCCAGGGCAGUGACACCUUCGCGGCUGACGUCAGCAACGGGUUCACCACUGUGGAUGACCUCCGGAUGAUGGUGGACAUUGUGCCUCGCCUCAUCCCCAUCCAGGCCCUCAACUUCAGUGUGAGGGAGGGCGGUGGGAUGGCCCUUACCACUGAGCUCUUGAAUAUUUCUCACCCAUUCUACAGUGCGGUCAACGUGGACUUCGUCGUAGAGGAGCCACCGAAGCAUGGGGAUAUCCGCUACUUGGAUGGUGACGAACAAGAGCUCACAUUCUUUACCUGGGAGGAGGUGAAACUUGGACACAUCUACUACUUACAUGACAGCACGGAAAGUGGCGAGGACAAUUUCACACUCUCUGCCUCAGCCUAUGAGAUAGAGCGCCGCAGCCUUCCCGUUACCUUCACUGUCACCGUCUUCCCGGUCAACGAUGAGGCACCUAAACUGACAUGCAACACAGGACUGGAGGUUUUAGCUGGAGAGGAAUCGGACAUCACCACCAGCAUGUUGAAUACAGAAGAUGCAGACACCCCCAUCAAUGAGUUGGUUUAUUCCAUCGAGUCAACCAUCAAUGGGUUGGUGGCUCUAAAGGUGGAACCUGACGAAGAAAUUCAGAACUUCACACAGGCACAAAUUAACAAUGGGGAAGUCAUCUUUAUCCAUGAAGGUCUGGAGUCUGGAGGCUUCAGUUUUACCGUGACAGAUGGAGAGCACACCUCGCCUCUCUACCGCUUUGUCGUUACAGCUAGACAGCUCACCAUCACCAUGGAAACCGGGGAGGAGCUAAAGAUCUUUCCAGGAACAAGACAUGCCAUCACCAGUGCCAUUUUGAAGGCAGUGACCAAUGAGGAUGGAGAUGAGAUAAGCUUCUCAUUGGUCAGGCCUCCUCGCCUGGGAAGACUGAUCUUAGCCGAUGACAGGAACCAGUUUGAAGAGAUCACACGCUUCUCUCAAUCAGAUCUGGAGUCCGGGGCCGUCUUUUACGAGCACCAGAUGCCUGAGGAGCCCUUCUGGGUGGUCCGGGACUCUGUGGAGCUCCUGCUCUCCUCCCCUCCAGCCCCCGCUGUGCAUCACGUCCUCCCCAUCACCGUGUCCUACUCCGCAGCCAGCCACAACAUCUCCUCACAGCUCUGGAAGAACAGAGGUCUGGACAUAGUGCAAGGUCAGAGGAAGGUGAUUGACAGUUCCAUCCUGGACGCCUCCAACCUGCUGGCCAGCCUCCCCGAGGCAGAGCGAGGUCCCUUGGACGUGGUCUUUGAGGUGCGCCGCUUCCCGGCCCAUGGGAGAGUCACCCUGGGGGGCCUGAAUCUGCCCCAGGGUGCCCCCUACUUCAUGCAGGAGGAUGUGGCGCAGGGCGAGCUGGAAUACCUCCACGAUGACUCUGGAGCCUCCGUUGACAGCUUCUCCUUCCGAGCCCGGCUCAACUCCAAGGGCCGCGGCACCCUUCCCCCUUCCCCAGCCCAGGCAGUGGUCCUGGAGGAGGUCUUCAACAUCUCGAUCCGGAGAAGGGACUCUAGUCCUCCAGAGCUGGUGAGUUUGGACGUUCUUCUGGAAGUUCUCCAGGGCUCCAUGACUGUGAUCACCCAAAAGUACCUCAACACCCGCGACGAGGACAGCACGCCCGAUGAGGUGCGCUUCACAGUCUCCAAGGCGCCCACCAACGGGCGGCUGGUGGAUGCCACCAAGGGCGACCACAUCUCCACGUUCACCCAGGAGGCAGUCAACAAGGGCCAGGUGGGCUUUGUCAGUGACGGAAGCCUGUCGGACGGCUUCAUAGAGUUCACUGUGUCGGACGGGAAGCACCACACUGAGCCGCACACUCUCCAUGUAGCAGUCCUGGCCCGGACGCUGGUGCUGGCCAAAGCCCCAGAGAUCCAGGUGCUGCAGGGGGACGACGAGACCCUAGUGACAGAGGAGAUGUUGAGGGCCACCACAGGUGGCCCCAAUGAGGAGGAAGUCCUCUACAAGAUCACCAGUGUGCCCAAGUACGCUGCCGUCAUGGUGGACCGGCAGCCCACGUCGGCCUUCACUCAGACGCAGAUAAGGGAGGGCCGGGUGAGCGUUCGCUUCAUCAAGUCCACCUCACCCCGGGACAGCGUGGCCUUUGUGGCCCGGAGCCGGGCGGCUAAUGUCUCCUCUGUCCUCAACAUCACGGUCAAGCCUCUGGCCAACAUCCCCCAGGAACUCCUGCUGCCACGGGGUGCCACCGUGCUGCUGGACAAGAAGCUGCUGGAUGCCACGCCGCUGGCCAACAAGACCCGGACAUCACCCACCUUCAGCGUCAUCCAGCAACCGCAAGGCGCCCGCUUCGUGAGGGCUGGCGGGAGGGGGCCAGGGGGAGACGGCCAGCCCGUGGACACGUUCACCCAGAAAGAACUGGAUGAGGGACGUGUAGCCAUGGAGAUCCUAAAUGGAACAGGAGGCAGCCAAGCCCAGGACGUGGCUCGCUUCCUGCUCAAGGCCCACGGGGUCCCUCCAGCUGAGUGCGUUCUCUCCUUCAAGACGACCCCUUACAACGCCUCAGCGGUCUACCCGGCCACUCUCCUUAAGGUCCCUAGCGGGUCUGCAUGGUCCAAUAGCAACGACCUCCCUGGAGGGGCGGGGUCCCCACGCAUCACCCCAGCCAGCCCUCGCUGGAGGGGCAACAUGGACUGGCCUCAUGGAGGAGAUGCCCCUACCACUGCCUACACUGACAAAGACUCCCAUAGGAAACCAGUGGUGUCCAGGAGGAACAACCUGUGGUCCAUCCUCAUCCCCAUUCUGAUCCUCCUGCUCCUCCUCCUGCUGGUGGCCAUCUUGGCUUUCUACUUGGUGCGUCGCAACAAGACGGGCAAACACAAUGUGCAGACGGUGGCUGGCUCCAAGCCCAAAAACGGAGAGAUCAGCCAGGAGACCUUCCGGAAAACCGACCCGGCCAAUAACAUCCCCAUGUCCCAAAUGGACUCCAAAGAUGCCGACCCGGAAUUGCUGCAGCACUGUCGGACAACGAACCCGGAGUUAAAAAAGAACCAGUACUGGGUAUGAGAGUUGACUGAUUGCUUAGACAUAGGAAACAGAGAGGAAGAUCCUCUACCAUUUUGAAUGCGGCCUUCUUGAAUCAUUCCUUUUCAGUGUUAAAGUCCUUUUUGCCAUGAUAGUAUUAAGAAAUGUGUAUGUUUUGAUAUCAUUGGACAUUUCACUAUCACAUAUUAACGUUGUGCCAAUCCUCAGGUCAAGAAACACUGAAUAUUUCCAUUGGUAAAAAUGUCACCAUUAAACUUAAGAGGGUUUUGCCUAACACAUAUAUUUAUUUUUAGGACAACUGCUGGACAUCUAUGAUGUACUUUUUCACAGGGCACAAAUGAGGACAUAUUGUGCUUGCUAAAAAUGUGUGUGCUGCCACAAUAUAUUCAGUAUGCUAUUAUAGGACAAUAUUACUAAUUUGACUACAUAAACAGAUUUAUUUGAAGUUUUGGUAAUAGUUUUAUUGUAGUUUCGCUUUAACAGUAAAGGUGGACAAGUGUGUACAUAAUUCAACUCAAUCUAUGCUGUAUGAAGGAAAAGGAAAAACUGCCUUUUGUUUUUUAUUAUUAUUCUAUAAAUGUAUUAUUGACCAUGUAUUUUUUUUUUUGCUUUGUUGUUCGGCCCCAAUUCAAUCUAACGUCUGUUGCAGUAUUUACAAAGCCACAUAUGACAUUUGUCCUGUUGUAGAAUCAAAUCUGAGGGGUUUUGGGCAGAGCCUUCUAUUUGGAUAUACACUACAUCACCAAAGUAUGUGGACACCCCUUCAAAUUAGUGGUUUCGGCUACUUCAACCAUACCCGUUGAUGACAAGUAUAUAAAACCGAGCACACAGCCAUGCAAUCUCCAUAAACAAACAUUUGCAGUAGAAUGGCCCAUGCUGAAGAGCUCAGUGACUUUCAACGAACCGACAUAGGAUGCCACCUUUCCAACAAGUUAGUUAAUCAAAUUUCUGCCCUGCUAGAGCUGCCCCGGUGAACUGUAAGUGCUGUUAUUGCGAAGUGGAAACAUCUAGGAGCAACAAUAGCUCUGCCGCGAAGUCACACAAGCUCACAGAAAGGGACAGCCGAGAGCUGAAGCGCAUAGCGCUUUAAAAUCGCCUGUCAUCGGUUGCAACACUCACUAACAAGUUCCAAACCACCUCUGGAAGCAACGUCCGCACAAGAACUAUUCGUUGGGUGUUUCAUGAAAUGGGUAUCCAUGGCCGAUCAGCCGCAACCAAGCCUAAGACCACCAUGCACAAUGCCAAGCUCACCGUCAUUGAACUCUGGAGCAGUGGAAACACAUUCUCUGGAAUGAUGAAUCAUGCUUCACCAUCUGGCAGUCCAGAUAAGAAGAACACUAAACUGAAAGCAGAUAUUAAAGAGCAUUUAGAUUACCACCUGCAGUUUUUUCACACUAAAAGUUUAGAAAUAUCUCAACUUAGUAUUUAGAACUAAGAAGAAUCCUUAAGUUUUGCCAUUGAGUUGAGGUUGUGAAAAGAUCUAUUUGGCGCUACUGGAAAUAUUAUUGUAAAUCUCUGUUCAAAAGUAUAUAGAUGCAUUACGAAUAAUGUCUGUUCAACCAACACUGUUGUAACUUUAUUUGAUGGAUCAAGAAAUGACUACUGGGGUGUUUGUUGUUUCUAACAUCCCAAAGUUUGACUUAUCUUUGUCCUCAGCUGGGCUGUCCCUCUAAAGUGGCUGUGUAGACAGCCUUAAGUGUAUUUCCAGAGGUUCUCUCUUAAAAUAACUGCACAGCCGGGCUGCAUACCAGUUAUUUUGCCCCCCUUCCCUCCACCCCUCCUCCCCUUCACUCUUCACUUGUUGGAAGACCACCACCCCCAUCCCAUUGGCUGGCAUACAGUGACUACAUGGCCCAGAUCAAAAGCCAAAUCAAGCCCUGUCUCCCAUCGGGGCGUCCACCCUGGAAAUGUCCCACCAUAACCCCAGCCUCUGGCCUCCUCCAUGGUCUGGGGACGGGGUUGUGCUAGACUGAGAGCUGUGUUUUCCUUGGCUGUAUCUGGCUUUGUAGUCUGACCCAACCCACUGCAGGGCCUCAGACACUCGCAUGCAUGCACCCACGCACACACACAUGCACACACACACACAACCUGUUAUGUUUGUUCCUUGAUUAAUGAUAAACCGGGGUGUAGGUUUAACUACUUUUAAUAACGAGAUACUGUAUAUCUUUAUAUAUAAAUAUAAUCCAAAUAAAUGGCUCUGGUUUUGGUUAUUUUUCCAAUACCAAAUAGACUACCCUCACAGGAAUAUACUUCAAUUGUUCAUAUGAUGUCGCAAGUGUCUCAGGGCAGUAAUUGUGAAAAGAUGCUCCCUAAACAUUGCUAAGGCAGUUUUGAUUGAAUUGACCCUAGAUCUUUCAACCAGCUUUUAAUUGUAUCCUUUCAUUUAGCCUUUCAAUGCUAAAGAGUUGCUCAAAACUGAACCACUUGCUUGGAUUCACAGGACUGACAUGACACUGAUGACAAAAAACUGCAUCGUAUAACAUUUCGGCACCACAGACAGGACGUGACUCACGAGUGGCUGUCUUAAAAGCAACUCUAUUGGCUGACAAGCAGCGGUGAGGUCAUUAUAGAACUGCCAGAGUUUUAUUUAUCCCAGCCUGCAAUUAAUGUUUAAUAAAGGCUCUGAUUUCUAUAUGUGAAUUUGAGAGAAACGUCUGUGAUAGGAUAGGUGUUUUACCUAAGCUCCACUGGUUGGAUCAUGUAGUAUAGCACAUUCUGUGGGAGGUUAUUCUCUAGCUUGGUCCCAGAUCUGUUUGUGAUGUCUUUCCAACUGCUAUGGUUGUUGUGAUUUGGCAAGACAGCACAAACACAUCUGCGGCCAGGCUAGGUAAUUCUGUGCUGAUGAGAUUUUGUGUCCCAUUAGCGGCUUGCAUUCCAUAAUUAAGUUGGCCAGAUGAAGGUACAGUACAAUCUUGCAAUUUCAGGAGAUACAGUGUACAGCUUAUGCCUUAAGUAAUAACACUCAAAUUGGCAUCACAUCCUGGUGGUGUUGAAAUUUUUAUCUAUAGACUUAACCUGAAAAUUAGCACACACAAAAAUUCAAGAUAGACAUUGAUGGACACGCAUAGUUUGAGUAAGAAACUCCAUCAAAAUAACAUUAAAGCAGUUAUUUACUGUCAGUGCACUGCAGGGUGAUUUCCUUUCUUUUGAUAUAGUUAUCUGAUAGAAAAUAAUAGGUCGUAAGUCAUAUCAACCACAAUUUACAGAAACGUGUAUUAUUUUACUGUUACUACAUUUACUAACCAAAUGUCCUCUUUAAUUUAAUUUAACGGUGCCUAUUACCUUGUAUAUACUCUGUUGCUUUUAAAUUAAAUUAGCUGCUGACUGUUGUGAAGUUGUCAAAUUAGGAAAACAUUUGUUCAGAAUUAGACAAUAUAAAGGGUAAAGAUAAUUAUCAUAUUGUUUGAUGUAUUUUAUCAUUUGAUGAAAAUAAAUGGGCCUGAAGGUUAGUAUCGUUACAAAAUCUAACAGUAUAACACAUUUUGGCAACAGUUGUACAUUUAUUUUCCUUUGAAAUGACUAUAUACAGUGCAUUCAGAAAGUAUUCAGACCUCUUGACUUUGUCCACAUUUUGUUACGUUACAGUCUUAUUCUAAAAUGGAUUUGAUUGAUUUUUUCCUCAUCAAUCUACAUUAAAAAAAAAAAAUAUCACAUUUACAUAAGUAUCCAGACCCUUUACUCAGUACUUUGUUGAAGAUCCUCAAACUGUGUCAUGUUGGAUGGUGAGUGCCACUGCACAGCUAUAUUCAGGACUCUCCUGAGAUGUUCGAUCGGGUUCAAGUCCGGGCUCUGGCUGGGCCACUCAAGAACAUUCAGAGACUUGUCCAGAAACCACUCCUGUGUUGUCUUGGCUAUGUGCUUAGGGUUGUUGUCCUGUUGGAAGGUGAAUCUUCGCCCCAGUCUGAGGCCCUGAGUGUUCUGGAGCAGGUUUUCCUCAAGGAUCUUUUUGUACUUUGCUCCGUUCAUCUUUCCCUCGAUCCUGACUAGUCUCCCAGUCCCUGCCUCUGAAAAACAUCCCCACAGCCUGAUACUGCCACCACCAUGCUUCAUCAUAGGGAUGGUGUCAGGUUUUCUCCAGACGUGACGCUUGGCAUUCAGGCCAAAGAGUUCUAUCUUGGUUUCAUUCAGGUGUCUUCUGGCAAACUCCAAGUGGGCUGUCAUGUGCCUUUUACUGAUGAGUGGCUUCCAUCUGGCCCAUCUACUAUGAAGGCCUGAUUGGUGGAGUGCUGCAGAGAUGGUUGUCCUUAUGGAAGGUUCUCCCAUCUCUACAGAGGAACUCUGGAGCUCUGUCCGUGACCAUUAGGCUCCUCCUCCUCCUCCGAUUUCUCAGUUUGCCUGGGCAGCCAGCUCUAGGAAGAGUCUUGGUGGUUCCAAACUUCUUCCACUUAAGAAGGAUGGAGGCCGCUGUGUUCUUGGGAACGUUCAAUGCUGCAGACAUUUUUUGGUACCCUUCCCCAGAUCUGUGCCUAGACACAAUCCUGUCUACGGACAAUUCCUUCGACCUUGUGGCUUGUUUUUUGACAGGUGUGUGCCUUUCCAAAUCAUGUCCAAUUAAUUGGAUUUACCACAGGUGGACUCCAGUCAAGUUGUAGAAACAUCUCAAGGAUGAUCAACGGAAACAGGAUGCACCUGAGCUCAAUCAAGUCUCAAAGGGUCUGAAUACUUAUGUAAAUAAGGUAUUUCUGUUUCGUAUGUUUAAUACAUUAGCCAAAGUUUUUCACUUUGUCAUUAUGGGGUAUUGUGCGUAGAUUGAUGAGGAAAACACUGUAUUUAAUCCAUUUUAGGAUAAGGCUGUAAUGUAACAAAAUGUGGAAAAAAGGAAGGGGUUUGAAUAGUUUCAGGAUGCACUUGUAUGUACCAGUAUUAUAUCUAUUUUCUUUAGAUAGCUACACAUUACCUUGUUACUUUUAGAGGCUGUUUUUGUUUUGUUUUUAACUAUUAUCUGUAGAGCAUGAUAUUACAGUAUAAUAUUGGUAUCAGAUACACCAUUCAGGAGAUGGCUCAGGAAAUGUCUGAAUUGUGAUUCCUUUUACAGUAUUAUUAUAGGCAAGGAGCCUUGUUGUUUUGUUUCUGUUUAAUUGAUUAAGUCCAUGCCUUGAUGGCUAUUUUGUAAAUGUUAUAUUUUUAAAUACCAUUGCUUGUGCAUACCUCAUAGAAUAAAAAUAACUCUUUCAGACUAAUUUUUUAAAUUUGAUUUGCAAUGCUAAUAUGCCAUAUUUUCUAUAUUUGCACUUUUCCGCAGUUGUCUCUUUCCCUCUUCCUGUUGAGGGUGUCUUUGCAUAUCACCCCUAAUAUGUUUCUGCUUUUAUUUAUUUGUUUUGGUCACUUCUGCCAUAAAUAGACUUGGUUAUUUGGUUUGUCAGAGGUGUACUUUGUAAAUGCAACCCAACAACAUGUGCCUUAAAUUGUCAUAAAAUUCCAAUCCUCAGACAAAUAAAGAGUUAUGUCCAUGGAA